AUGGCAACCAUUGGAAUAUUUUAUGUUUACUUUGUGACACGACUAGUUAAUACGAUAUACGAACGAAAAUUUCUUGAAAUUCUGAUUUCCGAUGAAGCCAUCCCCAAAAAAGCACUCCCAGGAUUAUUAAAACAUAUCGAAAGCAUACAAUUGUUUCGGGGACCACGUACCUCCUCAGUGCUAAUACCUAGUGGAGAAACUCGAUGGACUAUGACAACUUUCCUCAAACAUCUCGACUACGCUGAUGACAUCUGUUUGCUCUCUCACCGAGUCAUGAAAUUCCAAUUGGCUCUGGAUUUUGAAGGAGAGAUAUAA